AUGUCCUUUUACAAUCGAGGUCCGAUAAGAAGGCCAGCGGUACUUGAUGGCGCAGGAAUCAUCAAAGGAGUGGAGUCUUUCCCUGCGCAUUUCAUCUCAAUGCGAGACCCGAAGAACCCACAUCUGCGCACGGUCGCUGAGGUUCCUAUGGCAAUCCCGCUCCGGAGACCUGCCAUGAUGGUACUCAUGAAUGACUUCCGCUUUGGGGCCCUCAUCCUCAAUGUCUGUAUAUCGCUGAACCCCUGGAUGGUAGCUUCUGCUUCGACACUGUCCGUCCAAGUUGCUAGUACUGCCUUCACCCUGAUCUCUUCAACUACUGGACUUACCAACGCAUCAGUCUCUGCCUCUCGAACGGCCACCUCGCUCGACACCACCAGCAGCCUAGCUUUGAACACGACUUCAGGUGCAAUAACAGCCUCGAAGUCCAUCACGUUACCCUGGAUAUCAUCGCCUGGGCCUGCCAAUGCUACCGCUAUCGUUUCGACAACUACAACCACGACCCGGUUUGUCUCUGCCAAUUCCACGGCAGCGUCGUUGACCUCCAGGAACUCCUCAUCCACGGCAACGUCGUCGACCUCCAAGGGCCCCUCAUCCACGGCAGCGUCGUUGACCUCCAGGAACUCCUCAUCCACGGCAACGUCGUCGACCUCCAAGGGCCCCUCAUCCUCGGUGACUGAGUCUAGCAUAGCUCCGUCCUCGACCAGACGCAAGAACCCUACAUCCUCCGCGACUGAGUCCAGGAUAGCCAAGUCCAAGGACCCCGUACCCUCGGCGACUGAGCCUAGCAUAGCCAAAUCCAAGGGCCACUUACCUUCGGCGACCAAGCCUAGCAUAGCUACAUUUGCACCUGGCGCGCCGCCAGCCAAUGAUCAUAUUGCCAAACUCGCCGAGAUCAUCGUUCCUUCAGUGGUAGGCGGAGCAGGAAUGGGAGUGGCACUGAGGCAGUUUCUUGGAGAGCUGGCGAAGAAGAAACCUGGCGAGAGUGCUGCCAGCAUAGCGCGUUCUCUUAAAAGGGCCCAACGGGUCGAAUUUUUGGAUAAGCUUUCGAGGCAGCAAAGAGAUUGGGAUUUGUUCUGCGAGAGGAGAAUUUUGAUGGAACAGGGUAGAAACCCUGGCAUACUGACCACAGAGCAGGUGAACAGCAUCCGCGCCGUUGAAGAGAGUGGGGAGAGUAUCUGGAGUAGUGAGGGCAUUCCUUCUCUACCCCAUCCCUGUAUUGGGAUUCCAUUUUGUAUAGAUUGGCCAGGCUCGCCUCCCGGAUCAGAUCCGCCCUCAGGACCUGAGGCACCGUCGGAUCCAAAUCCGCCACCGGGACAAAAUCCUCCGUCACAACCAAAUCCGCCAUCAGAUCCAAACCCGCCUUUAGACCCAAACCCACCGUCAGAUCCAAACCCACCGUCAGAUCCAAACCCACCGUCAGAUCCAAUCCCACCGUCAGAUCCAAAUCCGCCACCGGGACAAAAUCCUCCGUCGAUACCAAAUCCGCCUUCAGAUCCAAACCCACCUUCCGGUCCCAACACGCCUGCCGCACCGGAUCCGCCACCAGGACCUGACCCGCCACCAGGACCUGACCCGCCUCCUCCAGCGACCGAAGAAUCAAUCAGACUUGCUAACGAGUUACCACCACUUCCAAAAGCGUUACAUCUGCAAGGUCGAUUUGACCACUUGGACCUUGUCCGCCUGGUCCCUGGGAGAUAUCGAACGUUGCCGCUUGACGCCAAGAUAGUCUACGUCACCAAAUACGGCGAGGAUGUUUGGAGCCAGCGACUUCGAUACUUCAAGGACGCCGAGGCGGCAGCUGUAGGUCUUCAAAACCAGCCGUUGACCGAUUGGAACUUCGAUCACAACGGUGAUCUUGUCGACUAUCGAGGAACGCCGACUAGAGAGCUCAGAAAGGGGAAGCUUCCAAAGGGGGUGGAUCGAGAGAAAUUCCGGUCGGACGUGCGUCGCGUGGGAGAAGAAAUUGAUAGGCUCCAAGAUAUGGAAGAUGUGGAACGAGAACGGGUUUCGAACGCGAACCCGCCGGCCCCACCCCAGGGCCCGCCCCCUGAACCACCGCCUUAUGCACCAAUACCCGCACCCUCACCCGCACCCUCACCCUCACCCAUACCCACACCCACACCUCCACCUCCACCUCCACCUCCACCUCCACCACCACCAGAGCCUACGCCUUCACCGCCACAGCCUCCGCCCGCACCCCCGGAGACUACGCCUCUACCUCCUGCUGAACACCACCAUCAUCAUUCAUAUCCUCAUCCCCAUCACCAUCCCCAUCGUCCCCAGCUGCCUCACCACAAGACGAAAGACUAG